ACUUUUGCAUUAAGAAAGAGAGGCACAAAGAGUGCAGAUGUUAAAACGUAAAGUUUGUCUUAUUUGUAUUUAAAAGUCAAAUUAAUUUAGCGCACAUAGCAACAGAAUCAAUAUGUCGGCCAGGAGAGCAUCGCACGCAGGAAGCUGGUACACAGAUUCAGGCUCGGAUCUCUCGAGGCAAUUGGAUCGCUGGUUAAGUGCAGCAGAUCUUUCCCAUGGACCAGCGCGUGCUAUUAUUGCACCACAUGCCGGUUAUGCCUAUUGCGGUGCCUGUGGUGCUUUUGCCUAUCGCCAAGUGAGCCCAGUUGUUGUCAAACGCAUUUUCAUCUUGGGUCCAUCCCAUCAUGUCCGGCUUCGUGGUUGUGCGCUUUCAGUGGCGAAAAAGUAUAAGACACCUUUGUAUGAUCUCAAAAUUGAUAACGAAGUCAACGCAGAGCUGGAGAAGACGGGUCAAUUCUCUUGGAUGGACAUGAAAACAGACGAGGAUGAGCACUCCAUUGAAAUGCAUUUGCCUUACAUAGCUAAAGUUAUGGAAGACUUUAAGGAUCAAUUCACCAUUGUGCCUAUAUUAGUGGGCUCACUGAAUCCCGACCAGGAGGCCCAAUACGGCAGCUUGUUGGCCCCCUACUUUAUGGAUCCAACGAACCUCUUUGUGAUAUCUUCCGAUUUUUGCCACUGGGGUCAACGUUUCAGCUACACUUACUACGAUCGCUCCUGCGGACCGAUUCACAAGUGCAUCGAGCAGUUAGAUAAGCAGGGCAUGGACAUCAUUGAGACGCUUAGUCCCAGUGCAUUUACCGAGUAUUUGCGUAAAUAUAAUAAUACGAUAUGCGGUCGUCAUCCCAUUGGCGUCAUGUUGGGCGCUGUUAAAGCUCUGCAGGAUCAGGGCUUUAAAAACAUGAGCUUUAAAUUUCUCAAGUAUGCACAGAGCAGCCAGUGCAUCGACAUGGAGGAUUCCAGCGUUAGCUAUGCCUCUGGAUCACUUAUAUUUGAGAAUUAAACUAUGAAGUAUUUUUCUACUAUGCAUAAAGUGAUGUUUCGUGUUGAAUUUAAGAUAAAACUCCACACUUAUGUACUAUGAUAAUCAUCCAAUUUUUUUAGCAACCAAUUGAAAAUGAAUAAAGUCGAUUCGAGUUCCAUUUAA